UUAUCCUUGUGGUACUGUUAAUCAUAUCGGUUGCUCUAUUUGUACUUUAUAAAAGGCAGCGUUCCAUCAUUUUAAAAUUCGGAAAGGUAAUAGCUAGGUGUGCAAAAACAAAACAAACUCAGUUAUCAGAUAAUCCUAUGAUUGAGAUGGCAGAAACCACUUUAUAGACACUCAUUUUUUCGCAAUUUUUGACCUAUUUUUGAAAAUAUUGUUAUAAAUAUUAACAAUUAUUACAACAAUUAUAUUGUACAUUGCAGAUGGAAUGGACUUGUCAUAUUUGUCUUCAAGAAGAUGGCAUUUCGGAAGUUGAUAUCGAUUUUUUAGAAUAUUUUGACCAUUUAGCGGAUAUUCACGAAGAACUGCCCCAGGGUUCGACAGUAAAGAAUUGGUUAUGUGCAAGUACUCCAAGCAACUCAUCUAACAUUCCAUCUGAUGUCAUAACAAUCGAUCAAGCAUCAAUUUCUUCAAAUAACUCUGAAUCGUCAACAUAUUCAUCUGAAGUAACAACAACCAAUGACACAUCAACAUCUUCAAACGCUUCUAGUAUCUUAAAGUGCCUAUUUUGUGACAUCGCAUUUCAUAAUAAUAUUCAUCAUACCAUGCACAUGGAGACUCAUAGCAUCAAUAACCACAAGAAAUGCACACUAUGGGGAUUUAAUUUCAUCACUGAAGAAGCCUUUGCAGUUCAUUUUUAUAUCAUAAAUCAUCACAUUUAA